GCAGCUACCCAUGCCACGGAAGAGAGCACCGCAGCGCCACCACCUAUGCUUGGGAACACGGUAGGACUGCGACUCCAUCCGAGAGCGGCAGCGCGCGGCAAUGGCGUACCGGAGGAAGCAGGGCAUCCAGCGGUCGAACACCUUCGUGGAGGACAACCGGCAGCCGUCGCCGGGCGACUCCGCGUCGCCCGCCACCGCGUCCCCGCGCGCCACCCGCUUCGCCGACGACAGCCGCCGGCCCGACCGCUCCCUGGCCGCGCAGACCCUGCUCGCCUCCGCCGCGCGCGGGGACAUGCAGGCGCUCGCCGACCGCUUCACCGCAUCCUCCUCCUCGUCCCCGCGCGCCGCCCGGCCGGCUGACCCCGUCACGUCGUCGUCCCUGCGGGUGUCCCCGCGCGCCGCCCGGCCGGCCGACCCCGCCACGUCGUCGUCCCUGCGCGUGUCCCCGCGCGCCGCCCGGCCGGCUGACCCCAUCACGUCGACGUCCCCACGGGCGUCCCCGCGCGCCGGCCGGCAGAACGACCUGUUCGCGCAGGAUCCCGUGACCAUGCUGUACACGUCCACGUCGAGCGCCACGAACGACGACUCCAAGCUUUCGCCGGUGAAGAAGGACGAGACGAAGCAAGGGCUGUGGGGGCUUCUGGCGCAGCAAGCCAAGGCCAUGCUCGACGAGAGUGCCCCCGCAGAGGACGCCCGGAGCCAGCCUCUGGUCACACAAGCCGGCAGUCCGCAAGCUCAGUCACGGUGGUCCUACGACCCGGUCCGGAAGUCGGAGAGCCCUACGUUCCAGAACGGGUCGGAAGGGCCAAAGUUCGACAUGGGAGGGCACAUCAAGAAUGCGCUGGAGGAGGGCCUGCACGCGGCGACGAUGGCGGAGAGCAGGACGCCGGCGGUGGUCGGGAGGAAGCUGCAGAUCAGGAGGAAGACGUGCAGCGUGGACAUGCGGAGCGCGCACCUGAACCUGGGCACCCCGGAACUCAUGUCGCCGAUGAUGACCGACUUCGAGUCGCCCCAGAUCAAAGCUUCUCGCGACGUGGCGAACGUGAUGGCGGCCAAGGUGAAGCUGCUGCAGCGGGAGCUCAAGACGGUGAACGCCGACCUGGCCUUCUCCAAGGAGCGGUGCGCGCAGCUGGAGGAGGAGACCCGCCUGCACCGGGCCGGCAACCACGACCACGCCGCCAACGAGGACCUGGUAUGCAUGCAUGUUGUGGUUGGCCACUCCCUCCUCCUCCUUGCACCGGCCAUUCCUACUCCUCAAAGACAUGGUUGCUUGCUGCGCAUGCAGGUACGGAAGCAGCUGGAGACGCUGCUGGCGGAGAAGGCGCGGCUGGCCACCGAGAACACGGUGUACGCCAGGGAGAACCGGUUCCUGCGGGAGAUCGUCGACCUCAACCAGCUAACCGUGGUCGGCCUCCAAGAGGACAUCAUCGAGGAGGAGGAAGAAGAAGAAGAAUACGAGGAGGAGGAAGAAGAAGAAUACGAGGAGGAGGAGGAAGAGGCCGAGCACGACACACCGGCUACCAAGGGCACUGCCCCUCCCCAGCCCCCCUCACAUCACACCAACAAUGUGCCUGUUGCUGCCCCACAGCCGCCCUCUCGCCGCACCGGCAAUGCCGCUGUUCCUGCCCCCCAAUCUCCCUCUCGUCGCACCGAAAAUGCGCCGGUUGCUGCCCCACAGUCACCCACUCGCCGCGCCGACAAUGUGCCGGUUGCUACCCCCAAUCCCCCAUCUCUCUGCACCGACAAUGCUCCGGAGUCGAGGAGCACAGACAACACUGCCAUCGGAGUUGCCGGGUCGCCCAUGCACCGGAGUCCAAAGGAAGAUGAAGGUUCACAGCAGACAAACCCCAUUCGAGAUAACUGCUCGCCGGAGAAGGCCUCCCAGCAGCAGCAAUGCCAAGACUGAUGAACGGCCUUUGGUGUUUGCUGAAACAAUCAUGCAUGUACACGCACGCAUGUAGAGAAGGCCUCUUCGUCUCAUUUGUUACCUUUUUCCCCAGUGUAAUUACCAGUUCGCCUGUUCAGGGUGAGAUCUAAUAUGAGCAUCAUAUCCGUGGGUCUGUAA